AUGGCAACAAGUCAUCCUUACGAUGUCUAUCAUACCAUCAAUCUUGUGACGCAAUGUCUCUGCAUUCCAAUUGUGUCCAUCUUUGUCGCAUUACGCUUCUACGUUCGGUUUCGAUUUCGACUAAGCCUUGGCGUUGAAGACUCGUACUGUGCCGUCGGGAUCGUCCUGGGAGAAUAUGGCGGUGGCUAUCACUUUGGUGACUUGAGUCACUACAACCAGAUUCAAUUCAAGAAAUUCAGCUACAUCGCUACCAUCCUCUAUUGCCCAAUGGCACUGUCGGUCAAGAUCGCCCUGUUGGCCAUUCUCACGCGCAUUUUUAGCCCCUAUCGCGGCAAAGUCUGGUUCAUCUACAUCCUGCUCGCCUGUCUCUGCACGUACUACACCAUUGCCUUGGUCAUCAAGAUUCGCAUGUGUCACCCGAUACCAUUAUACUGGCUGGGCGAUGAAGAGCAGCUCAAAGGUGCUUGCUUCGACCAACAAGCUGCCUUUUUGGCCGAUUCGGUCAUCAGUGCCGUGAGCGAUCUGAUCAUUUUGGUCUUGCCGUUACCUCUGACAUGGUCAUUGCAAAUGUCGCGGAAUCGUAAACUUCGCGUGAUCGGACUCCUCAGCGCGGGUGGUCUGGCGACGGCAUUCAGCGUCUAUCGCCUGGUCUUGGUGCUCAAAGACGGGAAGUCAAAUGACAUGAGCAUCAUGUUCAUCUGUGUCAUUAUGUCUGGAAAUGCCGAAGCGGGAAUAGGACUCAUCUGCGCCUGUCUUCCCGUCUUGAAUGUCCUCUAUGCCCAUUACCGAAGAGAAACUUCGUCGCAGCGAUACUACGACCAGGGCUCGGAUAUACAAAUGCGUGCUCGCAAAUCUGGAAACAACUCCCACCUAGCGAGCCACCGCACCAAUGUACCCGACUUUGGGAGUCAAACCGAUCAGAGCCACCUCAUUUCCUUUGCGGGAGCACCGGAGGUGGCCAACUCAAUCUACGAAGAAGACGGGAUCAGGAAAACGGUCGCCAUGUCACAGACCGUUGAGAACGCGGCCAGUGGAAGCCGAUGA